UUACUGAAUGCAACGUUAGCCCUACUUCCUGUCCAAGAGAGAUUUAUAGUUACACUAUCGAUCUCGCAGGUAGACAACGUCAGUAAGCUCCAGGGCCCAAUCGGUCCUCCCGGUUUCAACGGCUCUCAGGGACCGACUGGUCCUGCUGGACCUCCAGGAUUCAAUGGAACACAGGGACUCCAGGGUAUCAUGGGCCUUCAGGGCUUUAACGGCUCACAAGGAGCUCAAGGUCUUACCGGGCCACAGGGACCUCAAGGCGCAGGAAACAUUUCUCAGUGUGAACACAAGACAGAUUCGGUGGCAGGAAGCCAAAAUCCAGUGACAAUAUUUCCUCCUGCCGCUCCAACUACGGUCACUUUGGAAGAGCCGAGUGGUAGAAGGAUAAUUAGCGUCACAUGCUCAACAGACAGAGCUCAACAGUAUCUUCUUAGAAGCAGCAUAAACCCCGCCGACGGUGUUCAAUUUUACUUUUGUGAUUGCUACGGACACUAUGGAACUGGCUCGCAAUCCGUGGACUGCAUCAUACAUUACUGGGAAUGCCCGCUUACCGCUUAAGAGCGAAUGUUCCCAAUGGUGAAACAUAUCGCUCAUAUUCUCAAGUUAGGUAGGCCUUAGUAUCAAACAAAUCACGACAUACUUCGUUUGGCUGAAUAUCGAUUUAUUUACGAGAAAAUCGCUAAUAACCGAAUUCCGUCAAAAUGCCGCUUUUGGAGCUCAAAAUUUAAGACGAAUCUCAAAGCUAGACCAAUAAAAAUUAUCAAAUCUUGAAAACCAACAUCAAAAUAUAUGUUGACAGCAAUUUGAGCAAUUCUUGCCUAUAUUUAUUUACAAAACCUAAUUAAAUUUAUCCGACCUACUUUUAACUAGACUGAAAAUAGGUCAAAAGAAACGCUUUAUUUAACUAUGUGCUAUACGAAAUAAUUGACUGAAAAUCUGGCUUUUGGAAGGCGACAAGUAGUUCUUGUCGAUAAAAUGCACCGAUUCGACGGUACCGUUAAUUGGCCGGAACACAUACAACACGCAAACUCGAUUGUUUCGCAUUUGAAGUCCAGUGUACAAUUUAUUUAAUAUAACAUCCUCUUACCUUCAUGUCGCUGUAUCAGAAAACAGGGCUGCAGUCCUGCUGAGUCCUGAACUGAACUGUUGCAUCGUUCACAUAAAAGCAAUAUAACUUGGGGAAUAAUGCUGCGCGGCCUCCUGAUCUUGAGUUGUUUACGAAGAGUAUUUCGGGGUUUUCUGAUUCGAGGUUUCUCUGUUCCCAUCUCGUUGAAAAUGAGGCUGUAAUCACUCCACGUAAGAUAACUUUGUUUAAAUAUAAGUCUUGAACUGAACAGCGAAUCAGAUGCGGACAAAAAUGUGGUUAUUUCAUGGACAUCUGUCCCUUGUUUAGCGGAAUAACGCAAACUUUAAUUUCAAAACGAGGUGAACUGAAAUCGACAACUUCGACAAAUUAACUUUGGAGGGGAGGUAGGGAGAUUGUGUCCGCGUUUCACGCACAAAUUUUGACAAAAUUCAAGUGUCACUUAUACUUUUAGCUGCUUUUAACUAUACGUUUUCACGAAUUCACGAAUCACGUAUGUCUUUUAGUUGUUUUUCACCUGUCACACAAAUUUUUGCCUUCGUCACGUGUCACGCAUAAAUCCUUGGACUGUGAACUAAUCGGUCAGUUACUAAGUCAAAACUGAGUUUCGUU